AUGGAAUACGAAAGUGCAAAAGUAAAUAAAAACUGUGAGGAGUACACAAACCAGCAGAAGUGUGCAUCACAUAACGGUACCCCCAAACCCGACGUGCGCGAGGGUACAAAUGAUGAUCAAAACAUGUAUUACAUCUUCGAAGAGUUAAUAUUUAAUGAAGACAUGAAAAAAAAAGUACGCCAUUACACAUGGUUUUAUUACUUCGAAAAUCUGGUGUUAAAAUUGGACAACUUUGUAACCCAAAUAUUGAAUUACUCCUACUACAUUCUUAACAACAUGGCCACCCCCUCAAACAGUAGUGGCAUAAAUAACAAGCGUAACAUACUUCUGGUGCAGUCAACUCUCACAGUGAAACUGGUAAAUAGGAGGAAUAGGAAAAAAAAAUUCACCUCCAGUUUUAACCACAAUGCAUUUAAGCGCAUAGAACAAAUAGUUAUGCACAAAGAAGAAAUAAACACAAACAGCAAAAUAGAUAAAAACGAACUGAAAAUUCUAAACUAUUUAAAAAAUCAAAACAUAAAAACCCACACAACAGAGGAAAAAGAAAUUGCCAAUUUUAUUAGCAAACAAAAUGACAUAACAGAACAUUCCCCGAAUGAAAAUGUCCAAAAAUUAGAUUGUAAUGAGUAUGGGAUACUGAGAGGGUAUGAUAUUAUCCUCCUAAGGUAUUCGUACGAGAUUAUUUAUUUUUACAAAAAUAGUAAAGCGACGGCAAGCUACAAUAAUCAUAUAUACAAUCAGGCCCACCAGCAUGAAAAAAUUACCAAAAAAAAUCAUCAGAAAAGCAAAAAAAAGGAAGAAAAUGAUCAUGCAAAUGAGCAGGUGCCAAGGGGAACUAAUAACGACACGCUCAAUAAAGACAUAAUAGAAAAAAACAAAUAUCACACGAUGCUCACAUGGAGGAACUACUUAAACGACUCAAAUGAAUUAAAACAGUGUGUUGUGCUGGAUGCACUAAAUAUAUGUUCCGGAAUGGAUGGAUAUAUUGACGGAGAAAAUUUUAACUUUGACGUUUUGGUAAAUGAUGCCUACUCCUACUUGGUGAAAUACAAAACGAAGUUGUCCAUCUUCCGGUUGAUAUACGCCGUUACGUCCCUACUGAAGAGCCAAAUGCGACCAAUUAUAUAUAUUCCCCACUGGUGGUACCAUGACAUACCUUUAUGUGAAAAUAAUAUCAUCGAAUCGGGAGAUUUCCACUUAUUCGUUUUUAAGGAAUUAGAAAAAGACGGAUUCCUUAAAAUUGGAAAUAAAACAAAGAUUCUUCUGUGCUAA